AUGGAAGUUGAAGCAGUUGAUCCAGGUCCGUCGCAUAGUGUAAAGCGUUCUUUGGAUACCAGAUCGGACACUAACUGCGAAUUAGAUGGAUCUGCAAAGAAAGGAAGACUGAAACGAACAGUAAAGAUAGCUGUGGCAGGAUGCUCUCAUGGUGAAAUGGAUAAAAUUUACGCCUGUAUUGAUGAAAUUCAGAAAUCUAAAGGCUUUAGUGUUGAUCUCUUGAUAUGCACUGGUGACUACCAGGCUGUGCGAAACUCAGGCGACUUGGAAUACAUGCAAACUCCACCCAAAUAUAGGAAUCUGCAAACUUUUCAUCGGUACUAUUCUGGUGAAGCUAUUGCUCCUGUUUUAACGUUGGUAAUAGGGGGAAAUCACGAAUCAUCUGGUUAUAUGCAGGAGUUACCAUACGGUGGAUGGUUAGCACCAAAAAUAUACUAUUUGGGUCACGCUUCGGUUGUCUCUUAUGCUGGUUUGCGAAUAGGUGGUCUUUCGGGAAUCUAUAAGAGCAUUCAUUAUGACAUGGGUCAUUUUGAACGCCCUCCGUUCUCGCAGUAUGGAGAUUUAGUCUCGGUAUAUCACGUUAGGUCAGUAGACGUUUUUCGAUUGAAACAGUUGGAACCUAAGCCGGAUGACAAAUGUAAGCAUACUAGAGAUUCUCAACUGUAUUACUUUUUUUUCCAAAACCUAAAGAAACUUGACAUUAUGGUAUCACAUGAUUGGCCAUCUGGUAUUACCGAUUAUGGCGAUGUGGAAGCACUGCUUAGAAUUAAACCGCAUUUUGCUGAUGAUAUCAAAAAGGCUGCUCUUGGGAAUCCGGCUACUAUGAAUUUGUUGCAUGUGCUUCGUCCGCGGUACUGGUUUUCGUCUCAUUUGCACUGUGCGUUUAUUGCUCUUGUUCCUCAUGAGGCCGCUCCGGAUGACGAGUCACCAGAAUUUACUCGUUUUUUAGCACUUGAUAAACCUAUUCCAGGAAGACGAUUCUUACAGGCAAAUAUCUUUUUUCCCAUCUUUUAUUUAAUCUGGCCUUCACUCGCUCGCCACGCUUGGUCUAAAUUGAUUCUUAGAAUUCUGGAUGUUGAGACUGAUAACGACGUCGAUAAAGUUCUUAGAUAUGACCCUGUCUGGUUGACAAUUUUACGCUUAACCGAUAAAUUUACUUCUGCUUCCAACCGUAAGAGUUACAUGCCUUCAUCAUAUCCUCCUUCUGACGAAAGGUGGGAUUAUAGGCCUUCGGAAGACGAAGUCACAGAAGUAAUCAAGCUAUUCAACAACAAUCUCGAUAUACCGGAAGACUUUGUCAGAACAGCUCCACCAGAAAAAGUAUUUUCUACGUCAAACCGGACAUCUGAAUGUUAUUACAGAAACCCACAGACUAGUAAGUUUUGUGAGAAGUUGGGAGUACAGGAUCUUAAUGGUAUGCUUUGUGCUUCUUCACCGGACGAUGUGGGAACACCAUAUUUUUUGUCUGAAACGCAAGAUAUCUGUAAGAACGAGUCGGAGUCACUGAAUGAACAGGCAGUUGAUACGAUCACUAGCGACGGCUGUUUCUUUAUCGACAAGGAGCCACAAAGGACUAGUGGCGACAAACAGUCACUCGCUGCCGAUCUGAAACUCCAUGAAGCAGGCAAAACAGAAGCCAGUCUUUCUGAUCAGAAUGGAGAGGAACCUGCGGAUACAGUUGGAAGUGAGUGUGAAUUAGUUAAUAAGGUUGGUUGCGAUGCGGAGUCAGAAGUCGCCGAAAAUACUUAG